AGAAAUAAAGUUAAACUGAAAUUUGCAUUAAUGAACAAAGUGGUUUGAGUUGAGGUUGUAGUUGGAAGUUUGGAACCCACCCACCCAGCCGUGUGUGUCUUCCUUCUUCCGCUGCACCAACAUCUAACCUCUACGAUCUCUCAUUUCAGGUAGCACUACAUGAACCCAAUUGGAGAACAAAUGACAAAUGGUGAGACUGUGGAGAACGAAGAAGAAGAAAGUUUGCUGAAGAACGAAAAUAGUGGAGGAGAUGAUGACACUAAGAUUAACUACAGGGGGUGGAAGGUCAUGCCCUUCAUUAUAGGAAAUGAGAUUUUUGAGAAGCUAGGAGCAAUUGGAACUUUAUCCAAUCUCUUGGUCUAUCUCACUACGGUAUUCAACUUGGAAAACAUUGCGGCUACAAAUAUUAUCAAUAUCUUCAAUGGCAGCACCAACUUUGCAACAUUGAUAGGAGCUUUUUCCUCUGAUGCCUUUUUUGGUCGUUACAAGACACUGUCGUUCUGCACUGUCGCUUCCUUUCUGGGUUUGCUUGUAAUACAACUAACAGCAGCAGUCAAGAAGCUGCAUCCACAUCCAUGUGAAGAAUUAGAAGACACCACAUGCCAAGGACCAACAGAGUGGCAAAUGACAGUUCUAAAGACUGGUUUAGGAUUAUUGAUGAUAGGAGCUGCAGGGAUCCGGCCAUGUAACUUGGCAUUUGGAGCGGAUCAGUUCAAUCCUAACACAGAUUCUGGGAAAAAGGGGAUCAGUAGCUUCUUCACUUGGUACUAUUUCACUUUCACUCUUGCUCAAAUGAUAUCCUUAACAAUUAUUGUCUACAUACAGUCAAAUGUAAGCUGGGCCGUGGGUUUGGGAAUUCCUGCAGCUUUGAUGCUUUUGUCCUCUGUAAUCUUCUUCAUGGGGGCCAAACUGUACGUGAAAGUUAAACCUAGUGGUAGUCCCAUAACUAGUAUAGUACAAGUUAUUGUGGUUGCAACAAAGAAAAGGAAGCUGAAGCUCGCAGAAUAUCUAUACCCUUCACUCUUCAACUAUGUGCCUCCCCAGUCAAUGAAUUCUAAACUUCGUUAUACUUAUCAAUUCAGGUUCCUUGACAAAGCGGCAAUCAUGACCCCGCAAGAUCAAAUAAAUCCCAAUGGAUCUGCUUCUAAUCCCUGGAAUCUAUGCAGUAUGCAACAAGUUGAAGAGGUAAAAUGCUUGUUGAGAGUGUUGCCGAUAUGGGUUUCAGCCGUGUUCUACUAUGUUGUUAUCGUCCAACAGCACACUAUUUUAGUGUUCCAAGCCCUUCUAUCCGACAGGCGUAUUGGCCAAAGUGAGUUCAUGAUCCCAGGAGCAUCCUAUUAUGUCUUUCUGAUGAUAAGUGUGGCAAUUUGGUUGCCCAUUUACGACCGAAAAGUUGUUCCAUUUCUCCAAAGGAUCACUCGAAAAGAAGGUGGCAUCACACUCCUUCAGAGGAUGGGAAUUGGCAUAUUUUUCGCUAUACUCAGCAUGCUAGUAUCUGCUACAGUUGAAGAGCGACGUAGAACUCUGGCUCUGACAAAACCCUUAGAAGUGGAAACGAGAAAAGGUGCAGUUUCAUCAAUGUCAGGUCUGUGGCUGAUUCCUCAGUUGGCAUUGGCUGGACUAGGCGAAGCAUUCAUGUCUGUUGCACAGAUUGAGUUUUACUACAAACAAUUUCCUGAGAACAUGAGAAGCAUUGCAGGGUCUCUUUACUAUGCAGCCCAUGCAGGGUCGAGUUAUUUGAGUAGUAUGCUUAUUUCAGGUACUCACCAUAUCACCGCCAGAUCCAAAACUGGGAGUUGGUUGCCGGAGGAUCUGAACAAAGGGAGAUUGGAUAACUUCUAUCUCAUCAUUGCCGCUUUAGAAAUUGUAAAUUUAGGCUACUUUGUGAUAUGUGCACAGUGGUAUAGGUACAAAGAAACAGACAACAGUUCAAUCGAACUCGAUAAAGUGACGAAACAGUCCGAAAGAAGUGGUAAUGAUUUGAGUCUAUAGCUAUAGGCUGCAACAAUAUUUCACUCAUCUAUGGCAACAAAAGCACAAGCAGCAUAAUGAUCAUUAUCAAAUAGAAUACAGCAACAAAAACACAGUUUGUGCUUUUUCAAUCUGAUAUAGAUUUUUUUUUUUUUUAGGAUAGGUAGAUGAGGUACAAUAUUCGUAGGAAGGGUAGCUUCAUCUAAGUUGUUUGUCUUAAAACACUUGAUGGACAAAAAAAGAAAUACUAUUACAUAUCGACAGUUUGACACGGUGGUUUAA